AUGGCAGUCAUGGAUCUGUUGAUAGAAAAGAUAAAUGAUCUCCAGGACAUAUGUACAGAGAACAACAUAUCGAAUAGAAUAGAGCUUCCACAGAUAGUGGUUAUUGGCAGCCAGAGCUCUGGGAAAAGUAGUGUGCUUGAAAAUAUAGUGGGAAGAGAUAUACUCCCAAGGGGUACGGGGAUUGUCACGAGAAGACCGCUGAUUUUACAGCUUAUCCACAGCAAGGGUGAGGACUAUGCUGUCUUCAAUCAUCUUCCUGAAGCAAGAUACACAGACUUUGGGGAAGUAAGAAAAGAGAUCAUCAAAGAAACAAACAAAGUCUUGAAAUCGAAGAACGACGUUUCACCACUACCCAUCACACUCAAAUACUACUCUUCUAAGGUGCUGACGCUCACACUGGUUGAUCUUCCCGGAUUAGUAAGGGUCCCGACCAAUGACCAGCCCAGGGACAUAUGCACCAAAAUAACAGAAAUGUGCAGGAAAUAUGUGUCUAAUAAGAAUGCGCUGAUUCUUGCCGUGUCCUCUGCAAAUACAGACAUAUCAAACUCUGAUGCGCUUCAGCUUGCCCGGGAGGUGGAUCAUAACUAUGAAAGAACCAUAGGUGUUCUUACCAAGGUGGAUCUCAUGGAUUCUGGAACGGACGUUGUAGAUGUAUUGGCAGGAAGAAUCAUAUGCCUCAAGCUGGGGUUUGUUCCUGUUGUAAACAGAGGCCAGCAGGAUAUUGAGAAGGGAAAGAGCAUACAUCAGGCAUUGAAGGACGAGGAGGCGUUUUUCUCGUCCCAUGAAUCCUACAGAAGAAACAAGGCAUACUGUGGAACACUGUAUUUGAUAACAAAGCUUCACAACAUUCUCCACGAGCACAUCAGGCAGUGCCUACCUGAGCUUCAGGAAAGAAUUAAUAGUGGAAUGAUUGAUGCGCAAAGCAGCCUCAGGGACCUUGGGAACGUGUGCCUAAGCCCAAGAGAAAAUGUAAUGAGAAUCAUCAACACCGUUUCUAAGAGAUUCAGCGACAUUCUUUCGGGAAACAUUGAAUCGAAAGGAAAUGAGCUGAUGGGAGGAGCAAGGCUCAACUAUGCAUUCAAUCACCACUUUUCAAAGUUUAUGAAUAAGCUUAGUGCUCUUGACAGCAUUCAGGAUGAGCAAAUAAGAGCCCUAUUAUACAACUCGAGCGGGUCGUCAUCUGUGAUACUAUUUGGACAUGUUGCCUUUGAAAAGCUGGCAAGAAUUUCGGUUGAGACCUUCAAGCCACACAGCCUGAAGCUUGUAAGCAUUGUGUUCUCUGAGAUGGUCAGAAUGAUUAAGCAUAUUGUGGACGUCUCCACCAUGAGUAGAUACCCUGUGCUUGGAGAGAAGAUCAUAAGCAGUGCGAUUAGAAUGUUCAAGGAAAGAUGCGAUGCAACACACAAACUGGUCGAGUCAUUUAUCGACUGGAACACAGGGUAUAUCAGCACCAAGCAUCCGGACUUCAUAAAGUGGAACGAGAUGCUGUCGAAGGAGCUGGAAGACUCUGCAGGUGAAAGAAAAACAGAGAAGAUAGAUUUCUACAAGGGGAUGGAGAGCAAGAGCACUCUUGACUCGAUUCCUAAUACACUGAGGAUUCGCGAUGGACUUUCCGAGCAGGAGGCUAUAGAGAUGACUAUGAUUAAGUCCAUGGUCGAGUCUUAUUUUGAAAUAAUCAAGAAAAUAGUCGUUGAUCAGGUUCCAAAGGCAAUAAUGUGCGAGUUGGUCAAAAAGGCGGAGAAUUCUCUUCAGGAGGUCCUAUUUCUGGAGAUCUACAAUAGGGAGGACUUAGACUCGAUAGCAUCCGAGUCUGAAGAGGUGAAAAUGGAGAGAAGUAGAAUAGAGUCAAUGCUGAAGGCCUUGAAGCAGGCUUACGAUAUAAUAUGCUCUUUAUGA